CAAACCCAAAGAAGCAUUUUCAUAUCUCACUGUUUACUGAGAACAAUGAAAGAGCAUAAGUCAAAACUCGGAUAAACCCUGGAAAGAUAAUUGAUGACAUGAUAAGACUUUCUUACAGCUGUUCGCUUUAAAUAGCGUGUAAAACUCCAUUCAUUUUACUCUUGCAACAACUUCACUGAACUUUACUAUUUUCGGACUACGAGUACAUUGUGCAAACAGUUUUCACUUUCUUUGUUCAUUGCUUUGUUCACUGGUGACCCGCAUAUCUGUGUGCUGCCUAGGUGGUACUACCUACUUCACUUCACAACCAUCGUUAACCUCACACAUACACCUCCUUUUUCCCUUCACUUGCAUAUUGACCAGCAUCAGUCAAAAUGCCCUACCGAUUUGAAAUUGCCGCCCAAGGCCGUGCUGGCUGCAAAGCCCCCGAUUGUGUCAAACAGAAGAUCAAGAUCCCCAAGGGAGAACUCCGUGUUGGCACCUGGAUUGACGGUACCAACUUCCAGAGUUGGUCCUGGCGCCACUGGGGUUGCUUUACCCCCAAGCAAAUCGUGAACGUCAGGAAGGACCUCACCGAGAACUCUGAGGAUCCUGAUUUCGAUCGCCUGGAUGGAUUUGAUGAAAUCAGCGACGAGCUCCAGGACAAGAUUCGACAGGCCAUCGAAGUGGGUCAUGUCGAAGAUGACGAGUGGAGGGGGGAUGUUGAAUGCAACCGCCCUGGACAGAUUGGCAUGCGUCUCAAGGGUAACAAGGCCAAUACCGAUGAGUCCAAGGAAGCUGAGCAGUCUUCUCCUGCCAAGAAGCAUGGUCUGACCGACUCCGAGAAUGUCGACGAGGAGCCGGCUAAAAAGAAGAAAUCUCGCGGCAAGAAAGCUACUGAUGAUGACGAUGAAGCCAUCGCUGAUGCCGCCGCUGCUGAGACUGAGCCCGAGGAGCCCAAGAAGCGUGGCCGUCCUACCAAGAAGGCUGCCGCUGAGACUGAUGCCAAGGUCGAGCCCAAGAAGCGUGGCCGUCCUCCCAAGAAGACUUCCGACGAAGACAGUCCCGAUGCUGAAACCGAGGUCAAGGUCGAGGCCAAGAAGCGUGGCCGUCGCCCCAAGAAAGUCUCUGAAAACGAAGGUGCCGAUGCUGACGCUGAGAUGACCACCGAGUCCACCGAGCACGAGAAGCGUACUACUCGUGGCAAGAAGACCACCAAGGACGUAACUGCCUCUGCCGACGCUGAGCCCAAGGAGGAGCCCACCAAGCGUGUUACUCGUGGCAAGAAAGCCGCUACGUCUGAGGCUAUCGUUGCCGACGACGAGUCUGACGAAGUUGACCCUGCCGAGAACGAGACCGCCGCUGUCAUCGAGCCCAAGAAGGCCACUCGUGCCACUCGUUCAAAGAAGGGCAUGAGCAACGACGUUUCUUCCGUCGACAAGGAUGUCUCCUCUGCCGACAACGAGACUGGCCCUGCUAACGGCGAGACCAAGAAAUCUCUUCCUCGUGCCAAGGCUGCCAAUGGCACGAAGACCACGAACGGCUCGAAGGCUACUAAGGAUGAGAACGCCGACGAUGAGAAGCCCAAGCGCACCCGCAGUGCCAGCAACAAGACAAACGGCAAUGCUACCUCCGAGAACAAGCCCAAGCCAACUCGCAGCCGCAACACCGCUGUCAACAAGGUCGCUGAAACCUCCAACACUACCAAAGAGAAGCCCAAGACCAGAGGUCGCAAGCCAGCUGCCGUAAAGGUCACCGAUGAGUCCGCUGACCAGGAUGUCGAGGAGCCUGCUGAGGAACCUUCCGAGGAGCAUGUCGAAGCCUCCACUGAGAAAUCCGUUGAGGGCACCGCCGUGAAGUCUGAGAACGGUCCCGAGAAUGAGAAUGCUUCCGAAGAAAUUCCCAAUGAGCCAAUCGUCGACGCUGCCGAGGAGCCCAUUGAGAAGCCCAUUGAGGACGCUACUGAGAAGCCCCUCGAGUCUCCUCUGAAGCCAACCAAGCCCGACGGAACUGAUGAUGAUGGCUUCUAA